AUUUGAAAGAGCUGUCGGACGGCAUGUUUUUCUCUCUGAAGCACAACACAUGCACACGGAAUGCUCUCCUUCCAUUUCAUCACCGGUCCUUUCAAUGUCCGCACCCAGCAAGUCUUGCAUUCAGACAAGAAAGCAGAGCAAGGAGAAAAAGAAGAGUCACCGCGUCAGUCACACCACACACACCACACCACACGACCGACAGACCAGCAGGCAGACGAAAUCGUAUCCGCUAGACCAAAAAGACACGCUACAAGCUGUCUUAUCUGAGGACUUGUGCAGCAAGUACCUGGCUUCUUACCACAGAACACUCUCCUGGACUGCAUCAACAAACGAAGGAAGGAAUGACUGUCGUCUUUGGGUGUGUGCAUCUAGCGAUGGAUGUGUCUUGUUCAGCCCUGGGCCUCCUCGUCAGCUGCCACCGCCUCCUCGUCAGCUGCCACCGCCUCCUCGUCAGCUGCCACCUCUUCUCCCUCUGCCUCUGCCUCCUGUGCCUCUGUCUCGUGUCCUUCGGGCUGCUCCUCCGCUGCUGCAUCCUGAGCAUCAUCAGCGGCCGCGUGCAUCUCUGCCAGUGGCUCCUCAUCUCCCUGGGGCUGUUCCGCCUCCUCUGCAGCGGCCGCCACUUCCUCAAGCUGCAUCUGCUCCUGCUGCUGCAGCAGCGCCGCUUCGUUGUCCUCUUCCUUGGGGGCGGGCACCUCAGCUUCCUGCUCAUGUUCAGUAGCGGGGAUCUCGCCCGGCAGGACGGCCAUCUCCUGCUCUGUCUCCUUCUCCGGUGCGGGGGCUUUCUUGUCGCCCGUGUCUGUGUCCUCCUCCGGCUUGUCGGCCGUGGCGAUGGUUGUCAGGGGCUCCUCUUUGGUCUGGGGGUCUUCGGCGCCGAUGGGGCUGCCCUCCUCGAUUUGCUGCACCUCCUCGUCCUUCACCUUGCUCCAUCCCCUGGCGACGGGCGCGCCCUUGAGGACGAUGACGGCACCCCCCACAAGGGCGCCGACAAAGAUGACGCAGAGGAUGAGGAUGAUAAACACACCAGCUGCAUGUACGUGAGAGUCCGAACAGCGGAAGCAAACACAUGAAGAUGAAGUGCACGGGGCCCGGCGCUGGAGGGACUUACCGAGGCCUUCCUCCCCAACACAGUCGGACGAGAAGUCAAACGCGCUGCAACCAGCUGCCCCUGCACGCACCAAGGACCACGGUGAGUCGCCACAACCUCACAGGCACAACCUCACAGGCAAGAGAUGGCAGAACACACACACACAGAGAGGUGAGUGGGUUGCUUGCCUGUGAGGUUGGCGACACACCAGAAGACGAGCAGCAGGAGGGACAUUGUCAACUUGGUGAAGGGCAGUGUCAUCGUGUGGGGGGAGAGGGAAAGAGACGAGGAGGGCCGGCCCG